AUGGUCUUGGAUAAUGUCGAUGAUGUUAACCUCUUUUAUCCCAGCACGAACGAGAGCGCUAUUGCAAAGAGCGAUGAGCGACCGCUCGCGGCAUAUCUGCCAAAGUGUCGCAGUGGAACCAUCCUCGUCACAUCACGCAGCAUGGACGCUGCUGAAAAGCUGACAGGUGGCCAGAAGGCCAUCUACCGGAUCUCAACCAUGGAUGACGUAAAAACAUAUCUCGAUGCCUUCCGGGAGAGCGACAAGAGGAAGGGCAGUCUCUUCAACAGAGACGCGGGGGAUCUUCGACGAGAUGAGACCGUCUCCAACUCGGCGGUUACGACAUGGCAAGUCACCUUUGAACAGAUACGCCGCGAGAGACCAUCUGCGGCGAAACUGCUUUCCUUCAUGAGCUUCUUUAAUCCGCAGGCCAUUCCUGAGUUUGUGCUUCACGACUAUAGCACUGAUCUGACGGAUAACGUGCACAGAGAUGCAGAGAGUGACGACUUUGAGGAUGAUCUUGAUGUCCUCCGUGGCUACUCGCUCGUAUCUGUGACAGCAGCACAAGAUGUGUGUGAGGUGCAUUCCCUAGUCCAAUUUUGUACACGAGCUUGGAUAUCCAUGGUGGACGAUGCGGAACGAUGGAGGCAGGUGUUCUUGCGGUCCAUGUCCAGACAUUUCCCAAGUGGUGCAUUCGAAACAUGGCCAACCUGCCAGUUGUUACUUCCUCACAUCGAGUCUGUAUUAGAGGAGAAGCCGCCAGAUGAGGACCUACAGAACUGGGCCCGUUUGUUGACAAAUUGUGCAUGGUAUAAGUGGACUAUCGGCAACUACACGGCGGCAGAAAAAUUAGGCGGGAAAGCAGUCGAAAUAAGGACCAAGGUGCUUGGAGAGGAGCAUCCUGAUACACUGACAAGCAUGGCCAACCUGGCGUCGACAUUUAGUAACCAAGGUCGAUGGAAGGAGGCGGAAGAGCUGGAGGUGGGAGUGAUGGAGACAACGAAGAGAGUGCUUGGAGAGGAGCAUCCCGAUACGCUGUCGAGCAUGGCCAACCUGGCGUCGACAUUCGGGAACCAAGGUCGAUGGAAGGAGGCAGAAGAGCUACAAGUGGGAGUGAUGGAGAUAACGAAGAGAGUGCUUGGAGAGGAGCAUCUUGAUACGCUGACGAGCAUGAAUAACCUGGCGUCGAUAUUUAUGGGCCAAGGUCGAUGGAAGGAGGCAGAAGAGCUGCAGGUGGGAGUGAUGGAGAUAAUGAAGAGAGUACUAGGAGAGGAGCAUCCCGAUACGCUGACGAGCAUGAAUAACCUAGCGUCGAUAUUCAUGAACCAAGGUCGAUGGAAGGAGGCGGAAGAGCUACAAGUGGGAGUGAUGGAGACGAGGAAGAGAGUGCUAGGAGAGGAGCAUCCCGAUAUGCUGAGGAGCAUAAAUAACCUGGCGUCGACAUUCGGGAACCAAGGUCGAUGGAAGGAGGCGGAAGAGCUGCAGGUGGGAGUGAUGGAGAUAAUGAAGAGAGUGCCUGGAGAGGAGCAUCCCGAUACGCUGAGGAGCAUGAAUGGCCUGGCCAUUAUGUGGAAAGACCAAGACCGUACCAGAGAUGCUUUGGCCCUGAUGAGAAGCUGCAUUGUCCUACAAGAGCGAGUGCUUGGUACAGGCCAUCCGCAUACAGCAUCAUCGGUAGCAGUUCUCGCUAAGUGGGAGAACAUGGGCGACUUAUCUGAUUAG